UUUAACAGGGAAAACAAAUAUUCGCGCCAAAUUUCUUGCCAAUUUUCGAAAGACGUCGACGUCUUCUGGGUGAAAUGAAACGCCCGGGUCAAACGAUUCCCAAAUCGAAUAUAAUUGUUAAAACGAUUACAAAUCGACUGGAAAACAGGAUUCCGCGAUGUGCGACAAACAUUCCCGCUCGGACAAACCACAACGGCCUCCGCGCGGACACCUACACUCGAAAUUCUAAUGCUCAUUCUCGCGCGACGUUAAGAUAAUGCCGCGCACACUUGCGCGGCGCAGCUCUGACAAAUGCAAAUCCAUUACACACGCACGAGAGCGCGCCGAUGUUCAUCAUCGUCGAGCACGUCGCCGUCGCACAAUUAGAAGAUGCAUCACCCCGUCGCCACGAAAAUGGUGGCCGCCGCGUGGGCACUUUUCCGAGCUUUCCCGGCGCUCGAUGACGGCUCGAUAAAAUCACGCGCGCAACGAUUGCGCGUGGAAGUGAUUUCACGGUCGCUGUUAUAUCGCACAGGGUUACUGCGGAGUCCGAGUCGGGGAAACAGACGCGAAUGAAUCGAGAGUGUGCUCCUCGUUCUCUCGAGGCGGGGAAUUCGCGGGUGCGCGCUUCGAUAGACGCAAAACGACCGCGAGCGACACUCGCGCAGCCAUGGCAGUGUAACACGACACUCGUGUUUGCGCGCGCGUGUCGCUUUUGCAAAAGGGCAUAUGUAUACCCUUUGUUGAGCUGCGAAAUAGCUAUUUACCUGCCGUCGUCAAGGUGAGCCGGAAUCGGUCACCGCGCCUUCGCGUAGGUGCCUCACGGAGAGGCCGGGUAACUCGAUAACCCGCAGAUACGCUCGCGCGUUUUCCCGCCGAGAAUACGUGACUCCCGGCAGCUGUGUCGCUGUACGAAAGUUGCAUUCCGCGCGAUUGAAUUUUCAUGAUCGCAGCGUCGCUUCGUGACGAUCCCGAGUAAACACCGCGCAUCGGUCUUCCUGAUGUGAAACGUGACGUACUUAUAAGAGAGAUCGAGCCGCGAUGUGUUGAGCAAAGGCACGCACCGCGCGUCUUUGCGUGUGUGGGUGUGUGUGUGUGUGUGUGUGUGUAAAGUUUUGGUUGAUACUCACAAACCUCGUAUAUUCACGUGGAGAGCGAUUUGAGCUGAGGAUCUCAGCUGUGUUGGUUUCGGCAAUACAGCGAUAACUCGCAUGCUUUUUCGUCUCUGACACUCGUUAAAUAACAAAUCUGACUGUUCAACUUGAACAUUCUAUUGUAUCGCGAUUUUGAUCUGUGGAGAUUAUAUCUCGCGCGGCCCGCGUAUUGCGUCCGGCGAGAGAACUAAAGACCCUAGAUUGAUUUGAGUUUGAGGCACACUCAAAACGCACAGAUAUGCUAUCUUGCAAAUAAAAUAGGAAAAUUGUGAUAUUAAUUCGUGAUAUUAAAUAAAUGUUUUUAUUGAUAUCUUUUGGGCCUUGUUAACGUAAGAUCUCAUCGCAGCGCUUCUACUAUUACAUUACUGUACUAUAGUUUGCUGCUGAACGGUCGAAUUAUCCUUUCUGAUAGCGAGAAGUGAUACGUGCUGUCACAAAUGUUUUCAAGUUUACAGCAGUUUAAAAACAAUGUUAUGGCAGUGUGGUAAACAAAAUCGCUCUUGCAAUCCAUUACUGGAGGAUUGUAACAAUGUUUGAAGUAUUGUUUAAUCUUUGAUAACAACGCACCUGUUGAGUGAUACAAUGAUGUUCGCGUUAUAUCACUUAACUCGGUUUCAUCUCCCAGUUAACCAUGCUGCUGAAGAAAAGUUGGAAAUUGCAUCUAACAUGGCGUAUAAGAGUAUAAAUCUGUCGUCAGCAGUGCAACGAAUGAUCGACGUUACAAGGGCAGCAUUGUCAAACCCGACAACAAUUAUUUGCAGGUUAAAUUACACUUAAUGUGUAAAUACGUAAAUUGUGAAAGUUGCACUAUGUACACUUCUUUAACGCCAUUUCGGCCAAUCCAUCCAAAUUUUUAUACUUAUAUCGAGUCUCAUGGAUCGCGGUACUUUAUACCUUGAUCCAGGGACUUUAGAGAGAACGCAAUUGCAGCUCCAUCUUGUCGAUCGCGCGGAGGAACACGUAUCCGUUCGCCAGAUACUAUACCCAAGCCAGCGUGCAUUAUCUCGCCUCGUUGAUCGAGAAUAGAUGGCGUUAGCCAAUCAUCCCGGUGAAUAACAAUGCUUUCAAAUGAGUCCCGGAUAUUUGACCGACGUAUUCCCUUGGUUUGCGACAAAAAUACGCGAACUUCGAGAUGUGAAAAGAAAAAAUCUCACUUCACAUCGCCAGCAAAAAUUGCCUUGAUUCAAAAAAUUCCACUCUCGAUUUUUAUCCCGUUCCCUUUGCCGGAAACAAGUCGUAUUGCAUAUUACGGAUUUAAUGUUGCUUCCUUGCUCGUCUGUCACAGUGUUUUGAUUUACCAUUCAAACGAUGACGGUAUCACAGUUCGUUUAGAAUGUGCUAACCAGAGAACAAUCUUGAAAGGUACGCGUUGCGCGCGCGCGCGCGAGCUACCAUCUGCCUGGACAGAGAGCGGGUGAGUGAGUCAUUUUCCAUUCUAGUUCCAGUAACGAUCCGCGAUACAAAUGUUUUUUCUCCUCGCGUUCCUCACACGGAGACGAGGAGUCAGUCGGCCACGGCCGACCAAAACCGUACCGUGUGCGCUUUGCCAGAGAACCACUUCUUCCGUACCCCGCAGUCGUUCCCGUUCUGGUAGAAUCGCCGAUUACAUUACUUUGUUCCGCCGUGACGCACUUUACACGCGCAUACCAAACAUCGCAUGCAUUUUACAUCGAAUUGCUCGAUUGAUUCUUCUCUGCUAUCUCUCUCCGUACUAUCUACCUCCAUCCGCUUGACCUCGCUCCAAAGGUCGCUGAAAUGUUUCCAAAGAAAAGCUCUACUAUUGUUUGCUCGCCACUCGAGCGAUUACAAGAGCUGACCCGAGCUCCGAGAGGUCAUCUCGGUAACCCUCUAAGGAUCAGAUAAAAAGUCCAUACGAUACAGAAUACACACAAUGCUCAGCGAAUGCGUGCGAGCGCGCACGCUGCUCCUCGUGAAGAAGAAAACCGCGCGGCGUUUCCUCGGCGAGGAGGUCGCGCCGCGGGUUGCUCCGCUGUGCGUCACACAGCGAGCAUCAUCGUUUGUCACGCUGGCGAACCGGCUCCCAUAUAAUCGCGACGCGCCGUUUCGCACGCGCGACCUGAUUCCGCGGCGCGUCAGGGUCACAUCGAUGUGCUCGCCCUGGCAGUUUUGCGCGACAAACCCAUAAGGUUUGACCUAAUAUGGACACUUCGCCUUUACGAAUGGCACCGGCGCCUGGUGGGGAUCCGCUACCUCGAGAGAACUCCUCUCGAGGUAGCGCGUCUCUCACGUUCCGCGGUACCCCAGUACCUCAUCGGACGUGUGUUACGACGCACACGCGUUCUCACACAGUCAGGAUCUCGCGCGCGCGCGCGCGCGCGCGGGCGCGCGUGCUCCCACCAGCAGCAGCAGCAGCGUGGCAUGCUGUCGUGCAGCAUGCCGGUCGCUCAACGAGCCGCGAAGGAAGACCAAAAUCCCGCGACGUCUUCUGCACUUGGCGAUACAUCGAGGCGAGUGAGCGUCGGGAGUGUCGUCGAGUCGACCGAACACUGAUCAAUUGCGGAAUUGUAACACCUGUGCCGACCUGUGCACCCGUAAGACCCGCGUGAUUCGUCGGACGACUUCAGACACCGGGGACUUCCCGUGAGAGAUCACGGCAAGCAAGCCUACGUCGUCGACGUAAACCCUACGUCCGCUGAGGACGGGAGGAUCUCCCAACGCGAGCGAUCGUCGACUCCGGCUGAAAUAACAACGGCGGAUUCACGUUCGAAGUCGAGCGCGAAUUGGACACGAGGUUCGUUUAGCCAGAGGUAAAAACGAGGACAAUCGCGCGGGAGGCCUCGGGAUAACAUUCCGAAGCCGAAUACCGGUGAUUAUCAUUGCGGUACAACGCAGCGAGCGCUAUCGCAUUACGUUCGAAUGCACGCUUGAUUCAACAUUCGGAUCAACACGAAGUGUCUCUCGUGUGGAGUUGUCGCAGGCUGGUGUGGGAGGCUUCAGCUGAUCAGCACCCUGGUAGCCGUGACAGUCACCGGGCACCGAGAGACAAUCCUACGAACGAAUUCCUAGACAUAGGCUGGCGUCUGGCUGGACGAUUAUGCGGUGUACAAACGAAGCGUCGAAGCCGUGUACCCGCAAGGUCGAAUGCUAGACGCUCCGUCGAGAGAAGGUCCACGAGCCUCCGGCGAGAGAAAGAGAAAGAGAGGGACGGAGGGAGAGGGAGAGGGAGAGGGAGAGGGAGAGCGAGAGUCUCUGAGCGAUCUCGCGGCGCGAGAACGAAUUCUCUCCUCGCGCGUAUCACGACAACAACGCGAUGUCGACAUCGGCGCAUCAGCAGGCGGCCAUACGCCGCCUCGAGGCCCUCUUCAGGGACGUGAAGCUGGAGCAGCUGCAGCACAAUCAUCCCGAGCUGAUCAAGCACGAGAUCAAAAUCGACAAAUGCUGCGAGAUCCACGGCAGACACGCGAAGGAGAACUGCUGGAGUCGCAGAGGUUCCCUCGGUAACGUGCACCAAACCAGGAAAGAUUCCCUCGGGCGCCACCACGAGCCUCACCGCGUCUACAGUGCCACGUCGCCCAACGGAAGAGGCUCCCUGGGCCCGUCAUCCUCGAGGAAAGAGCUGCACCCUUCGACCUUCCCCAGCACCCUGCGGAAGAAUCCUUUGGGCUCGUCCAUGAGCGCCAUCAAUCACACCAAGAGGGGAGACACGUUCCCCAACACCAUCGGCGGAUCGGCCCUGCGAAGAGACCCCAUCGGUCGCUCGAUGGGUUGCCUGAGGAAAGACACCAUGUCGAAUUACAACUCCCCGCUGAGGCGGGAUUACGUGGCAAAGUCGAUGACGAAUCUCCAGCGACCGGCGACGACGAGGCGCGAUGCCGCUCCGAAUUUGGCAAGCUUGUUCACCAGCCCCGCAGACGCCAGCCGGGCGAGUCUGAGGGCCGGCCUGAGCUCGUCGAAGCCCGGCGAGCUCAAGGCGCGCAGCUGCUCCAACGGGAACCUGAAGAGCUGCCUCGCCGGCUCCAGCGGCAACCUGCGCGGCAAUCUGAACGUGACCUUGAGCGGCGGGCCAACAUCGGCGAGCGCGAUCAUGAAGAAGGACUGCAAAUCCGCGAUUCCUCCCGCCGGUAGGAAGGGCUCGGCGUACGACCGGCGGAGACUCUCCACGGAUUCCCUGGAGAAUCUGAAGAGAAACUCAUGGGAUCCGGAUCGAAGGGGCUCCUCCGGCUCCUCGGGCGGAUGGGACGAUCCGAUCUGGGAGGAAGGAAGCUUCGACAACGGAGCCGAUCAGAAACGGGAUAAUCCUCACUCGGCGCAAACGAACGGAAGAGAAUGAAGAUGAGAGAUAGAAACAGCGGAAUGAAAAAAAAAA